AUGGCGCUGGUGGGGCCCCUCAAGGCGGCAAGCAACUGCAUCUCCUCAAAGCCCGACGCGCUUGCCGUGUCGGAAUGGUGCCGCCUCAACGGCCCAGGCCGCUGGUGCGUGCCGUGUGAUGCCGCCGCCUAUAUCAUGUGCCCACUUGAUGAGGCUGAAGCUCCCAAGAUCGCGCGCUGCGCGCCAGCCCAGUCCUGGGACCCCACCGCGGCACGCUGCGUCGCCGAGGCAAAGCGCCGCGCCGACGCGUGCGUCGCCGGCGAUGACGUCAUCGUGCCGGGCCACAACAACGAGGUCGACCCCCCACAGUUGCCGCCGGCGCCCGGCGCCGCAGCUGAAACCGGCGCCGCGAACCUGGGAGGGGGCGCCCUCAGCGCUGCCGGUGACGGGCGUGGGGGCGCGGACGACGUCGCCGGGCAGGGCGCCAGCGCCGAGAGGGAGCUGGAUGCAGCGAUGGGCAGCAUCCUGGCCGACAUGAUGCGCAACAGCAUGGCCAGCCCGUUCAGCGGCCUGAUGGGCGCCGGCCUCUUCGGACCCGCGCCCCUGGGCGGCCUGCUCGGUGGCGCCCGUGCCGGGCUCACCUCAGCCGCCGGCGCGGUCGGCUCGCAGCUGCUGUCCGCCUUUGCAGCGGAUGCGGCCGUGCCUCGGCAAGGCGCCAGGUCGGGCGUGAUCAGUGGCGGGCGGCCGCUCAGGAUGAGCAUGAUGCUUGCCAGUUCUGGGCCGAAGACAGACGGCUCUGGGCCCUCUGAGCCGGAGGUUGUCAUGAGCUUGGAGGUGGUGGGCAGCGGCUUAUCCCCAGAGGAGGGCAGCAGCGCCAAGGGAGGGGCAGGCGGGGACGCGGAGGCGGCGGGCGCGCUGAUGGCUGAGGUGGCUGCCCUGAUGGAGGUCCCUACUGGCGCCGGUGGUGCACGCGUCGGGCGGGAUGCUCAAGACAACCUCGGAUCGUUUGUGCCUCCGGAGCUUGCAAUGCUCGACCAGAUAGCACGUGAUCUUGCGCAGGAGUACGAGGAAGAUUACGAGGAGCGCCUGCGCGCCGGCCUCGACAGCAAGAGCGACGCCGACGGCGCCGCCGCCCCGCACCGCCGCCACGCUGCGGGCUUGGGAGGCCGUAGGUCACGGGGUGGCGCUCUGGGCGGGCUCGGCGCUAUCUUGGACGAGCUCGUGGGGGGCGAUAAGGAAGAGAUCCUGGGCGAUGGCGCUGCAGGCGAUCUGGGUGGCAGCAGAAACGCGGCUCCUGAGACCAAGCCCGUCGCCCUCACCGGCAACUCGACCCAAGACUCUGACGCGCUCGCCGGCGCGAUCCUGGAGCGCCUGUCCGUCCUGGCGCGCGCCGCCGCCCUCGAAACCCUGGAAACCGUUGACGCCGGCGGCGCAAGGCCCUCCCUCAGCGUCCACGACCUUGCGCAGGAGCUGUCCUCGCGCCCGGCGCCGCCCCAGGCCCCGGCCGGCGCCGCGGCGGCACAGGCAGCGCGCCAGCGCAUCUCUGACGCGAUCGCCCCCCUGCUCAAACGCCAGACCCCGGCGGGCGCCCGGGCACUCGCGCGGGCACUCGUGCCAUCCGCCAUUGACGCCGACUUGUCUGAGGCGGCGCCAGUGCUGGUCCUGUCCCCGAAGCUCAGCGGCAUGCUGGCAGGCAGCGGGGUGGAAGCUGCCAUGAAAGCGGCUCUGGAGGAGCUGUCGUACAACGAUGUGCUGUCAGCAGAUCUGGGGGAUGACGCCAGUGUGGGCUCGGCGUGCUGCCCCUCCAAGGCCACCCUGCACAUAGGAUAA